UAGCUCCAUGGUACGAAGAAAGUUUAAAAAAGAUAUUUUUUAUAAAAAGGAGUUCGAAUUCAACGAGUUUUUAAUAAAUAAUAAAGAGAUAUAUUAUAAUAAAGUAGAUUGUUUGGAUGGGGAACAGGAAUAUUUUAGAGAAGCUUUUGGAUUUGAAACGCCAAAUUUACUUUCAGUAUUGAAAGCAAUUAGAACGUUCCUAUCAUUAGGUUUUAUUAUAUUAUGUUUUUUGGCAAUUUUAACAAUUUUAUUUAUGAUAGAUAUUCAAUUUAUACCUAAAGAUAAUAACCCCAAAACAUUAAGAGAACUAAAAUAUUGGAAAUUUUUCUUUUCAUUUGGACCUUGUUUACCAACAUUAUUUAUAUUUAUAGCUUGGGCAUGUUGUUUUGCAAUACCCAAAUCGAUUCGAAUUGAUUGUUAUAAUGAAUUUGGUGAAGAAAGAUGCCAGCAACAAUUAAGAUAUCAUUCAAGCUUCCAGGGUGAAAAUGAUAUUUGGUCAUGGGGACCAGGAAGAGGAUGGAAAACAAUAUUAGUUUCAACACUUGUAUCAUUAGUUUCUUCAAUAUUUUCAAUUUAUACAAGCUAUAAAAUAAGUUUAUUAGAAUAAUUAAUAAAUUAUAAUCGACACCAAAAACUAAAAUAAUAAAUUUAAGAAUUUUUAUUUCUUUUUUUAAAAAUAAAGAAAUUAUUUAUAU